ACAUAAGGAUGUCAGUUGUGUUUUAUAAAAAUUCACCAUUGCAUGUUCUGUUUGGGAUAUUCUUUUAAUACUCUGGCUCUUGCAGUGAGGCUUUUUCAAAGGUCUACAGGUCUUUCAAAGGCCUCCAGACUGAAGGAAACAUUAAGAUUGGAUGGCACUAAUCAAGCAUAUCCUAUUUUAGAGAGUUGUGUACUAGCAGCAUGGGAGUGACUACAAAUAGGGAGUCCGGACCCAGGACUUUGGCGUUCUGUUGACACAUCUGGGAGAGGGGAAAGGUUUUUUUAAUGUCCUGUUGAUCUCAGAGGAUUCCUUGCUAAGAGACGUAUCCUUUGGCUGAACAAAGUCAGCAGAACAUUUGGGCCAUGUGGCCCCACCUCAUUGCAUCCCAAUGGGCUGAAGCGAAUGGGACCUCUUUCGAACUUCCAGUAUUCACCAAUCAUUAAUAGACUUCAGAAUGAUGAAAUGCAGGGAUCUUUAUCUGCUGCCUGUGUCCUCGGUUGUUAGGGAUUGUUCUGCAGUUCUGUCAUCCGAAGUUCCGCACCAAGGAAGGUGUUCGUUUUGUUUAAGAUUUUGCUAGAAUGGAAGAAUCUCACUUCAACUCCUCCCCAUAUUUUUGGCCAGCAGUGCCCACAGUCUCAGGACAGAUUGACAACAGUAUGUUCAUUAACAAGAUGAAGGAGCAGCUCUUGCCCUCAGAGAAGGGCUGCGGCCUGGCUCCUGCCCACUAUCCCACCUUACUGACUGUACCCACCUCCGUGGCCCUUCCCACCAACAUUUCUAUGGAUUCUGACACCAAGCCAGAACAGCUUACUCCACACAGUCAGGCUUCUGUGACGCAGAACAUCACUGUGGUGCCUGUGCAGUCUGCUGGGCUCAUGACAACAGGUCCUGGCCUGGUGAUCACUUCUCCCUCUGGGUCUCUGGUGACCACAGCCUCUUCCGUGCAAACCUUUCCCAUCUCUGCACCGAUGAUUGUCUCAGCGCUUCCCCCUGGCUCCCAGGCAACUCUGCAAGUCGUACCUGACCUUUCCAAGAAGGGGGCCACAGCUCUCUCAGAGGGUGGGGCAGCCGGUGGUGCUGGAGGUAUAACCCCCAAAGCUCCUCGUGGUCGGAAAAAGAAGCGGCUACAGGAAUCUGGCCUGCCAGAGAUGAGUGACCCUUUUGUGUUAUCAAACGAGGAUGAUGAAGACCAGCACAAAGAUGGCAAGACAUACAGGAUCCCUGGGGAGCCUAGAACUUCAUGGUUUGCAGGAUGUGCUGGCUGCGUUAAUACUUGGUAUAGUUGUCAGAGCUUGGACUUCCCAGCUUCUGGUUUCGUUCAUGGAAAAGAUCACUUCAAGUGCCGGAUGUGUUCCCUGACCUUCUACUCCAAGUCGGAGAUGCAGAUCCACUCCAAAACUCACACCGAGGCAAAGCCGCACAAGUGCCCUCACUGCUCCAAGAGUUUCGCCAACAGCUCCUACCUGGCUCAGCACAUACGCAUCCACUCGGGGGCCAAGCCCUACACCUGCAGCUACUGCCAGAAGGCCUUCCGCCAGCUCUCGCACCUACAGCAGCACACACGGAUCCACUCCAAGCUCCACACGGCGAUUGUCAAGCCGCACAAGUGCCCUCACUGCUCCAAGAGCUUCGCCAACACGUCCUACCUGGCCCAGCACCUCCGCAUCCACUCGGGGGUCAAACCCUACACGUGCCGUUACUGCCAGAAGGCGUUCCGCCAGCUCUCCCACCUACAGCAGCACACACGGAUUCAUACUGGAGACCGGCCCUACAAAUGUGCUCACCCUGGGUGCGAAAAGGCUUUCACACAGCUCUCCAACCUGCAGUCCCACAGACGGCAGCACAACAAAGACAAACCAUUCAAGUGCCACAACUGCCACCGUGCGUACACGGACGGCACCUCUCUCGAGGUCCACCUGGCCACCCACACGGUGAAGCAUGCCAAGAUCUACAACUGCUCCAUGUGCAAUCGGGCUUACACCUCAGAGACAUACCUGAUGAAGCAUAUGCGGAAACACAAUAUCCCUGAUGCCCAGCAACAGGUGGCUGUGGUCCAAGCCCAGGUGCAGGCCCAGGUCCAAGCCCAAGUUCAAGCCCAAGUUCAAGCCCAAGUCCAGGCCCAAGUCCAGGCCCAAGUUCAAGCCCAGGUCCAGGCUCAAGCUCAGGCCCAGGCCCAGGCUCAAGCUCAAGCUCAGGCAUCUCAACAGCAACAGCAACAGCAGCACUUCCAGUCACAAGGCGGUGGGGCAGCCGGGGGCCCGUCUGGAGACAACCCUCCCAACCCACCGCCCCAGUGUUCCUUUGACCUUUCCCCUUACAAGACUUCGGAACAUCACAAAGACAUCUGUCUCACGGUUAGCACCAGCGCCAUCCAGGUGGAGCAUCUUUCCAGCUCCUAGAGACCUUGCUAGAAGGGAACGGGGGAAAAAACUCCUUGCUCGUAAUCUGUGCCCGAGGGCAUUUCUGGUGUGGCGGCCUCUCCUCGUGCAGCAGCCUCUGGCCUCCUCUUCUACAGCUUCCCUUUGGGUGGGCAGGGGGAAUGGGAAACGGGGGCUGUGUCCCCGUAACGGCUGCCCCU